CACGUCGCGUGAGAUUGAACUCCUGAGAAUCAUCUUUGCCAAGACACUCGCUCUUUGCAUCGUGUCCGACCCAGUCUCUGAAGCGAACAAAAUGGCAACAAGGAGAAGCUCCAGGCUUCAAAAGCAGGUGGCUCAAGAACCAGUCGAGAUCCAGCAACCUGCCCCUAUUGAAGUUGUCCCAAGCAAGAAGCGGAAAGCACCAGCAGCUGAACCAGAUGCCACCGACAAAAGCAAGAAAAAAGCACCGAAAUUAACAACCGGCAAGGCGAAAGGAAAGGGUAAAGAUAAGAGCAAAGAACCACCUGCUCGAACCCAGCUCCCCUCAUCGAACGACGAUUUAUCGUCCUUGCCCCCGGAAAUACUGCACAUGAUUCUUAACAGCAUCGACUCCCCAUCAACCAUGGGCAAACUGGGGCGAACAUGCAAAAGCUACUAUUCGGUCAUGAUGCCACGGCUUCACAAGCGCAUUGCUGUUGCGGCCAUGUUUCACGCGCACAUCCAAAAGGUCAUCCGUGCCCUCGAACCAUAUCUUACAAUCGCACAGAAGAAGCAGUUGAAGAAGGACGGCAAAUACAAAGGUCAACAGGAACGGUAUCCAAGCCACCUCGACGAAAACUUGAAGCCAGCUUGUGCAGACUAUGUGCGCCAGAUAGUUGUUGGGGUCUCAGAUCCGGGACGAAAGCAUCAGUAUAUUGUCCACAGAUACUUGGACGAGGCAUUCAAGAAUUUGAGCAAUCUGGAGAUUGUGGAGACGCGGGUGCUUACAAAGUCAAUGGGACAGAGCAUUGCAUCACUGAAGAACCUGCAAGCCUUGUCCCUAUUCUCGACCGAUUUCGAAGCUGGAGCUCUGAAACCACUGGUCAAAAUCAAGAAUUUGAAGCACUUUAGUUUGCAAGAUCACAGCUAUGUAUCUGAGCUUGACGACGAAAAUAACGUCGUCCGGUCUAUACUUCUAAACUCGCUGUCGACACUUCAGACUCUGGCUGUGGAGACAAACCCAUACGCGCCCAACUUUUUGAAAGAUUGGGAGAAGAAGAUCUCUGCUGGAGGUACCACUCGCAGUCAAAACCACGAUCUUACCGCACUGGAGUUAUUUAGUCUUUCCGGCGUCUCAUUUGAUGCAGCUUUCAUCAAGGCGUUAGACAGGGCUAUUGACUUCAUCGGGUUGACUCAGCUUUCACUGGGUCUUUUGUCAGAGGGCCAGCACCUCUUCCUUGACCAUCUGACGAGCUUGACUUCUUCCGCUCAAAGCUCAGGAGCAGAUAUAAGCUUGCGGACCUUGCGCUUGGGCAUGACAAAUGAAGGCUACACACGGGCUGCUACAGAGAACCCGGGGGACCUCGAGGCUAAGUGUCGUUUCAUUUCUUCGUUUGACACUCUGACGACCCUGCUACUCCCGGAUUACAACCAGUAUCCGAGAGAGAUCGCCACAAACCCUGGACUACCGACCAUGCUGUUGCAAGCUAUUAUCAAGCAUAAAAAGUUGAGAAGCUUGAAAUUAUCUUAUCGGGGAAUCAUCAGCGACCGCAGGAUCCCGUACCUAUCAGCAGCAACUGUGGCAACCAUCAUUGAUGCGCUCCCUGAAUUGGAAGAAUUCGAGUUUGCACCAGAGGAAGCGGAAAUUGAUGAAAUCGGAAAAGCACUUGCCCGUGGCACUAACCUGACCACCAUCACUUGCUUCCCCCAUGACAGCUGGGCAGGUUAUCCUCAACCAGCUGAGCCCGGUUUCACCAUCCUAAACGGCAUCGUACAAGGUGUCUUGUCUCGUGAUGGCGGCAGUGGCAGUGGCAGUGGGAAAUUCAACUGGGAGGACCACUCCAGGCUCAAACGCGUGUCUGUCAGCUACCGGGCAUGGGACGUUGGGUCAAAUUUCGGAAAGGCCAAGAAGCGCAUGGUGAAGCCGCAAAAGAUAAGUAGCGAGGGUGAUGGAGCGCGCGAGGUGUUUUACCAGGAUAUUACGAGAACCAUGCAAAUGGGUAUACACAUUGGUUAUGAUCCCUCGUAUGAGUGGGUGGAGAGAGCGGCCAGGGAUAUUGAUUGAGCACUGAAUCAUGCAUUUCUGGGUUGUAUCAAGGUUGGGAUGGAAGGCAGCUACGGAGAAUGACUUUUGUAUAGUUGAUAGUGAAACACAACAUUGUCUUGAUUUAUGUCCUGC